AUGUCGGCUAAAUUAGAGCCUACUGUCCACCGGAUGCCCAUUAUGACAUUCCUGUCCGGAACCAUUGGCUCGCACUAUACUAUCAACGCGAUCACCGCAUCAAUUACCCGGGACGUGGUCCACACGUAUGACUAUUUACACAAAUUGGGUCUCAAAUGUGGCCAUAGGUUUAGAGUGAAUGAUAAGAUUAAAUUACUGAAUACUAUGGAAAGGCUGCACGGAAUGAGCGUUAAAAUAGGCUUUUCCUGUAGUCAACAUUACAAUCCAUUCAUCUACUGUUGGCUGAACAAGGACUUCAAGCAACGGGUGAAACGGCUAUUCAAGUGCUCGUCAGCUCCCGGUGCGACUAUCAAUGGGGGCAACAAAUCCGGUGCCGAUCCUACCGAUCAAAUCACAUGUCAGACCAUUUGUGUCGCCAGUAAUGACACUAACAAUCCGUUGCCUAUUAAUAGCGAAAUGCUGUGAUCUAUAGCCUAUGAUUAUACAGAAUAUUCUUUAGACUUUGUAUUAUAGUAGAGAAUAUUCUGGAGAAUCCUACGAAUUGGUGCACCGAAUGAACAAAAAAUAAUUUUUUGUGACACAA